UGCCCCGUGCAGCAGGCAGCGUUGCUCUACCUGCGGGAUUUCAGGCAGCUUAAUAAAGAGAUUCGAAUCGACGACGUCCUCCGCGCGCCUCCGUCGGGGACGCACGUGAGUAGCACCUCGCGGCGGCGCGCAGGCGACUUGGGGGAACUCUCGUCCAAGUGCAGCGGCGUCUCCAUGGGAAAUGAAUGUGACCGGGAAGCAGCAACCCGAGCUGAUCGAGCGACCCGCCAGCCUCCCGGUUCCAACUUCGACAAAAUCCGGAAUUGCUUUGCUGUACAACGAGGAGACCAACAACACCUACGACGUCUGCCUGAAACUGACCAAAGAGCUGCUGACCAUCCAGAAGCUGGACGUGGUUUGCACGAGUGGAAGCGAGUCCCCGGCAAAUCACAGAACGGUUGUACUGCGAAGACAGGCGGCUGGCGGUCUGGGCCUCAGCAUCAAAGGCGGUGCAGAGCACAACGUGCCCGUGGUCAUUUCAAAGAUCUUUAAAGAUCAAGUAGCGGACCGGACGGGGAAGCUGUUCGUCGGGGACGCCGUGCUGCAGGUCAACGGCAUAAACGUGGAGCCCUGCACGCACAAGGAAGUUGUUCACCUCCUGCGCACCGCCGGCGACGAGGUCACCGUCACCGUGCGCUACCUGCGGGAAGUUCCGUCGUUCCUGAAACUGCCUCUAGGCUCUCCGGGGCCGUCCACCGAUCACAGCCGAGUGUCCUCGCCGCUCUUCGACAGCGGCGUACAUCUCAAUGGAAACGGAAACAACACAGCUCCGUCGCCCCCUCCGCCCCCGGCCGAUAAGCCCAGGUACGAGAAGCGCUGGCUGGAUGCCGUCCCGCUGCCCUUGCUGAUGGCCAGAGUCUCCAGAUGCAAAGCUGCCACAGAUCAAUUAAGGUCCAACUGUUUAGACGUCUUCGCCUUGGACGGAGCCUCCACCAAUAUUCUCCAAUUUUGCACGGCUGCAGAGAGCACCGACUGGCUCCAAGCAAUAUCGACCAACAUCAACGAGUUGACACAGGAGAACAUAAAGAUGAUCAACAAAUACUGCCCUUCAGACGAUCAGACCGUUCACAUGGGCUGGACAUGUGGGAGCCCCGAGGGCGGCGCCGCUGGAAGAGCUUCGGCCUUCAAGUUCCUGGCACUGAGAGGACCACAUUUUUACAUCUUCAGGAGCCCCCCGAUCAGUGCGGCUGACUGGGGACAAGCUGAAACAACAUACAACCUCUACGAGGUUCUUUUCAAGGUCCACAAGUAUCUGGUGUCCCAGCUGUGGAUGGCGGAGGAUUGCUGGCUGCAGGCGCGGCUCUACUUGGGGCUGGAGCAUUCGCCGGAGCAGCGGGACAACGAGUCGCUGUGCUUCAGCAUCCUGGUCGGCCACGGCCAGAGCCACACCUUCAGGGUGGAGCUGGCCUCGGACCUGGCCACCUGGGAGAAGUCCUUCCAGAGGGCCGUCUUCUGGGAGGUGCAGCGAAUACGGUCCAAGAGCUACAUGUGCAGCAGCCAGGGGAGCGUGCUGAGCUUCACCGUCGACUUCGGAUCGGGCUUCUCCUGCGCAGAAGGCUCCUCAAAGACGGCGCUGUGGCGAUACAAGUUCUCCCAACUCAAAGGCUCCUCUGAUGACGGGAAAACCAGGGUGAAACUCCUUUUCAAGAACGCCGAGAGCAACCAAAUAGAGAUGAAGGAGCUGGAGUUUGCUAAUCUAACAGCCGUCCUUCACUGUAUACAUUCUUUUAUUGCUGCCAAAGUGGCCUCCGUGGACCCUCUGUUUGUGUGCAGUCACGGCCUCCCUGGACACACAUGAGCUCUUCUCCUCCUGUGCACAUCGCCCCUGUUUCAGAGCCAGUUGAUACGUGCAUCCUGUUCUCGCUAUUUUUGUACGGACUACCGAAUAAUAAAACAUAUUUGUAAAAAACUGUAAAAGUAGAUAAUGUUAAUGAGUUGAUUGAUUGCAAUGUAUGAACAGUUUUAUUCCUUUCCUUGACUUGAUGUUUUUUUUGUUUGUUUUUUCUCACUCGUGACAAACUGGAAUCUCCGUGGUUACGCUUUCUGUGCUGCCAUAUGGUGAAGAAACCGGCAUACGCUCGACGCCGCGAGUCGCCGAGCAAAGAAGCUGCCACUAUUUUUAGCAGGUAACCUCGAACGCCGAGGCCCGACCGACGUACACUUUGAACAGACGCCGUGAGUCUGGAGCCUCGCAGGGGUUCUCUUUACUCAAAACUCACAGCGGGACCGUAAUGAAAAAGCUAACCUUUCUGUUUCCAGUUCCUCCGGUUUGCUCUACAUUCUUUUCAUGUCUGAACACAAACGCAACACAAACGCAGUCUCAUAAGCCUCCAAACACCCACUGGAUUUAUUCAACACAUCUCUGAUCAACCUGUGUGAUGUUUGUGCUAUUGUGACCAUCUCUUCUCAACCGAAUAAAGGAGUUUCUGAUCUCUCCA